UGUGGUGUUUAGGAGGACAGCUGAUCACUCCUCACAACUCAGACCAAAUUUCCCAUUCAAGUUUUUUCUCUCCCCUUACCAUGUGAUAAACAAUCAGGAAAUGGCCUGCAGUGCUGAUGGCUUACCCACAAGUGAGGCCCUCAGUCUCUUGCAUGAGGACAUCUCCAUCGCUUUGGAUGAAUAUCAGAAGACAGAAGCUGAAAAGAACAAAGGUUUUGGACCAAAGAGUGUUCUGUAUGAAGCCUUCCACCACAAGAGUAGUCUCUCUGUGUUUCAUUGGACAUCAGUGAUAGCGUUGAUCGUUGAAGGCAUCGUGCUGCUGGUGGCCUUCGCUGCAUGUAAUGACCCCAGGUACCAGCAUCUUCCUGCCGAGUCCUUCUUCAUUUUCUUAGCAGUAAUUCUUAACGUGUACUUGGUGUGGUGGGACACUCAGCUGAGGCACAAAGAGGUCCCAAGACUCACACACAACGUCUUAAAGGAUCUUAAAGAAUACCACGGCAAUGUGUUGUGGUCUGCCGAGAACUAUCCUCACCUCCACUCCCCCCUCUCCCCCUGCAUCACCCUCCAGUGGACUCGUCGCGAUGGUAACACAGUCAACCUCCCUUGGUCUCUCCUGGUGCGUGGGGAUAUUAUACUCAUGAAACCUGGACAGAAAGUUCCUGCUAGAUGUAGGCCCAUGCAGUUUUAUGGACUUGUGGCUUCUUCAACCUUGAGCUGUGACCCCUUGUGAGGCGGACGUCCGCCAGCUCCAGGUAUGUACAUUAGACCAAGCAGUGCCCCCUGAGGUGUUUAUACACAUUGAUUAGGUCGCCUCUCGCCCGUCUGUAGUAUAAGCUAGGUAGUUGCAGGCGUUCUAAUCUCUCUAAGUAUUUGAGGUUCUGUAGAGUAGGCCCCAGUCUGGUAGCCCUCCUUUGGACAUUUUCAAUCAAUUGACAGUCUCUAGUAUACCUUGGGGAAGCAUCUGCUAAUGCCAGAAGAAUUCAUUCAGCUAAAAGGUUAAAGAGCAUAGAAACUCAGUUGCAACUUUCAUAUUCAAAAUCUAUCGGCUGUGAAACAGUUUUUAGAUAGACAGUGUCUUGUGGCACUUAUAUUCACUUAUUUUGUCUUGGGUUGACUAUUUUAACUCUUUAUGGGUUUGCCUACCUAAUUAUCUAGUGAAAAAAGUUCAGGGUGGUGAAAAAGGAUGCCAGGCUUACAUGUGCUCUCCUACUGGGGACUUCCACUACCCUAUUCUUAAUCGAAUUGCACUGGCUUCCAAUUAAAGAAAGAAAAAAGUUCAAACUCUGCCUAAUGACUUUUAAGGCACUUAUGUUUGAUGAGCCUAAGUAAUUGUCCAACCUACUAAAUCCUCUGACCUAGAGCAUUGUGGAAAUGCUCUUUUGUGGCCCAAUCCUUUUCCUAUAUCGCACCCAGAUUGUACAAUCAUUUGCCUGCAUCCAUGAAGCAGCUGACUUCUGUGGAGGCUUUUAAGAAAC